UUUCACCACAGCAUUAUCUCUUCUACAAUCAACAUCUUCUAUAAAAUUGAUUAUGGAAGAUGAUGCUUCACCAUUGUGGCCUAUUGUUCUUUGUGUAUCAAGCAUAUCAACUCAAUCCAAAUUUUUACUUGAAUUAACUGAUGGAUUAUAUAAGAUUAACACAUAUAUUGAUCAACCACUACAAAGAGCUAUAAAUAGGUCUAAAAUAACAAUAGGCUGCAAACUUGAAACAUGUGAUGCAAGGAUUUAUAGAGAAUCUGUUGGAAAAACAUCUGUAUUAGAUGCAGCAAAUUCUAUUUAUUUAAAAUUAUCUGGAAAUUCUACUAAAUUAGCUGAUUGGAAUUCUAAACUUGGAUUUGGAAAAUCCAAACCCUUUGCUUUAUUAAAUAGUCUUACACCAGAUGUACGUGUGUGUGAUUAUCAUAUUCAAUCUAAGAUUCAAUCUAGAGAAGCAUUGAUAACUGUAUGGUGUCCUAAUAGUUCUUUAUAUGAUUCUAUUGUUGAAGGACAAAGAAAUCAAAUAUGUUCAUUAAUAGCAAUCAAUAAUCAAUCAUAUAAUCCAAAUUUAUUAACAAAAAUUCCUUUAAUUUGUUUAUCAUCAAUGGGUCAUACAACAGUAUGGAAAGAACAAAAAGCUGAUUUAAAUAAUAUUAGAAAUUCUUUAUAUAAACCACACAUUGUUACAAAUUGUGGUGAAUUAGAUAAAACAGGAUAUAACAACUAUCAAAAUGAUUAUGAUAUG